ACUUUUUUCUAAGGCGCCUGAAACCAUAUAGUAUAUACAAUACAUGAUUUGUGCCGUUGACCUUUCCCCCGUGUGUAAAUGGGCAUAUUUCCUGAGUUUGGUGGCUGGAUCAGUCAGAACACUCAACAGCCUAAAAAAUCUGAAAAUGUGAAAUCCAAGCCUGUGAGAGAGACAAAAACUCACGAUGAGAGAGAUGAGACGAAGGAGCAAUUAAAACUGUGGAGAGAUGCAAAUAAGAAGGAACAAUAUCAUGAACCUUCUCCUACGGUGAAGGUGCAUACGGACCAUAAUAUUGAUAGCUUUUCCAGUAUAAAAAUGGAAUUUACAUUAGGAUUGCCACCUCAAGCAGCUUACGACGUUUUAACUAAUCAAGACAACAAAACAUACUCCAGAGAAAUCAAUGGCCGCCCACUUCUGAAAGCCAUUUCAAGAAAAGUUACAUCAGAGAGAGGUAUAGGGAAUAGGCCGAUCCUGGAGGUUGAUAAAGAGUUGUCAUGGAACUUCCUUUUCUUUUCAGGAACUAUCCCAAUACGUCUAAAUGUCCUCGAAAACCCAAAAGAACUUUCUGCAUAUAACUGGAAAAGGAGAAAAGGAAUGGACUACAUGGAAACGUUCGAGGUUAACUAUACAGUGGAGCCAAUGUAUGUUGAUGCAGAACGCUUGUGCAAGCACAAGAAGCCGAAGAGUAGAGAAGAAUACAGAAAAUGUAGUGGUGGAAAAGGAUUGAUUGCGUCCAAGGUUAAAGUUGACCAGAAUUUUAGGCCUUCUUUUCCUUGGAAUCUGCCACUGCUGUCUUCCUACUUUCGCCGGUUCACUGUUGAGACCACUAAGAAAGUGGCGGAAGAUUUUCAAACGCGGGCUGGCGAUAUCCGACAUCGGUUGUAACGUCUGAGUCUUGCGCAAGGGCGGGGGUGAAAGCGACGAACAAAUUUUCUUAGACAUGAUAUUAAUUAUGUUAUAUCGAUUAUUUGCAUCGGUAAAAUAAGAAAUUUUACAACCCUGAAAAGGCAGAAAACAGAUGCAAUAUACUAUAUGGCUUAAUAUACGGUAGAUUUUCAAUAAACUAUUCCCUCUGUUCCUAAAAUGAAGAUUUUCUGGAGUUAUUUUCGGUUCCAAAAUAAUAAAUUUUCUAGAAUUUUAAGGUA